AUGUCGCCCAAGACUUUCAUCGUCACCGGUGCCUCGCGAGGCAUCGGUCUCGCAGUCUCCAAGUUCCUGCUCAAUGCGCCUCAAUCCCACAACGUCGUCGUUAUCGCUCGCAGCCUCGAACCCCUCCAGAAGUUGAAAGACGAGUACACGAAGCAGGUCGAGGUGCUGAACGGUGAUCUUGCCGAUUUCUCCCUCGGCCAGAAGGCCGUCGAUCUGGCCCUCAAGUCGUUUGGGCGUCUGGAUGGCAUGGUUCUCAACCACGGCGUGCUGGGACAGGUGGGCAAGAUUGCUGAGGCGGAUCCUCAGCAGUGGAAGGAGGGAUUCGAUGUCAACUUCAUCAGUCUGGUGGCUUUUGUGAAAGCCGGACUUCCUUCGCUUCGCGAAUCCAAGGGCAGAAUCGUCUUCACGUCGUCCGGAGCUUCCGUCACGGGCUACCCGGGAUGGGGUCUGUACGGUGCGACCAAGGCGGCCAUGAACCAUCUGUGUCUGAGUCUUGCGGGCGAAGAGCCCGACGUGACGUCCAUUUCGAUCCAGCCGGGCCUGGUCAACACCGAAAUGCAGCGGGAGAUUCGCGAAGACCACGCUACGACUCUGCCGUCGGACUUCCAUUCGAAAUUUACUACGGCCCACAAGGAAGGACAAUUGCUGAGACCCGAGCAGCCCGGGCAUGUCAUGGCCAAGCUGGUCAUUGGCGCGCCGAACUCGUUGAGUGGAAAAUAUCUCCGAUGGAGCGAUGAAGAAUUUCUGGCAGCUUUCCAGGAGUAG